UCUGUGGAAGAGCGGACUCAGCGGAGUUGGCGGAGUCAUUACUGCUCUCACAGACGACGACGACGGUUGUGCGCUCGUUCUGCUCGUUCUCAGCGUCUCAGUUGCGCUCCGUUCAUCUCUGGACUCGGCACAGGCAGCCGAUAAAAUUAUGUUGGAAGUCACGGUGAAAACGCUGGACUCCCAGAAUCGAAAUUACUCUGUACCUGAUGAUAUCACCGUCAAAAACUUCAAAGAGAAAAUAGCAUCAUCAGUGAACAUCACUGCAGACAAGCAGCGUCUUAUCUUCUGUGGACGAGUGCUGCAAGAUGACAAGAAAUUAAGUGAAUAUGAUGUUAAUGGCAAAGUUAUUCACCUGGUGCAAAGGCCACCACCGCAGCUAUCCUCUGGGGGUUCAUCAUCAGGGGCUGCCACUAGUGGUUCUACCUUGGGAGGUGGAGGGCCCAGGGGAAGUGCGUCUGGUGGGCUGCCACAUCCACGUGAAGGAGGUGGCUUUCUACUUGGUGCCUUCACCAUUCCCCAGGACAUGAUUGAUCCUGCCCAAGUACAGCAAAUUGUACAAGACGUGGUGUCUGGAAUGGGAGAAAUCGGCCGAAAUGCCACGGUCAUGUCAAGAACAUCGGAAGAUGGUUCUUCUGUGGAUGUUCACAUCAACUUGGGUCAAGUUCCAAUGCCGAGCGAGUCCCAGCUACGUCUUAACCAGGCACAAAAAAUGGUGCAAAAAGCAACACGUGUAAUUGCUGCUCUUGAGAACCAAGGCCAGCAGACCACACAACCUCCUGAGGAUGAAGGAAUGGAUAUUGAAGAGCAAGUUGAGGUGGAUGUCCAAAUGGUUGACACCAAUGGAAAUGACACUGCACGACAGCCUCAUGCAUCAGGUGGCAGUAGCGGGGACAAUGACCCAGCUGCAUCUCGGUCCUUGGGAUUGUCUGCAUCAACUGGUCGUUUCGGUGAAGGAAUCGUGAAUGCUGCUAGAGCAGCUGCUGCUGCAGCAGCCGUUGUUGCUUCACGCGUCACAGCUGGAUCAGUGUUUGGCUCCUCUGCAGCUACGGCUACAGAGAGUCCAGCAGAGACCUCUGCGGCAACUACCAGACGUCAUCAGUCGCCUGUCCAGUCGGCAGUUUCUGAUAGUGGAGCAGCUCCUGCACAGCCAACAGCACCAACUACUACUGCGGCUUCCGGUGCUACACAGCAGGGCAGUGGACAGCCUAACAUCAGUAUAAGGCCACUUAGAGAACAUGGGGUUCCUGCAGCAGACUUGGCACCUAUUCUUGGAGAGAUACUGCAGCUGCAGACUCGACUGGCUCCACAUCUUCAGGGAUACCAAGAGAUUCUUCAGGAACAUCCAAAUACACAAUCUAUGACGGAUGCUGAAGUGCAGCGCUUGGCCAAUGGUGUAUGCAGUGCAAUGCAUUUGCUGAGCCAUGCUUUCCAUGCUGUGAGUGACCUCCACAUGAAUGUGGGUACCAGGCCACGUAUGUUGCGUGCUCGUCUUUUGGGACCUGGUCCGGCUGGCAGCAUUUUCCACACUAGCAUGCCAUUCCAAAGCCAUAUAAAUGUUGGUGCAGCACCAUCUUCCACAACUGAAUCGGUUCCUGCUACAAGAGUAUCUUCUGGCUCCACUGCUACAAGUGCUACAUCCACAGCUACACAAGCGGCACCAACGUCUAGCAGCACAUCUACAGCUGGUCCCUUCAACACCACGGGCCCUGCACUUCUGACAGCUCAAAGCCCAGUAGUGUUCAUGGAGCUUGAAACCGGGUCUAUCACCAUCAAUAACAUUUCCACACCAGUGAUGAGUGAUCUUCCACCACCCUUGGAUCGUAUUGUGGAUCAGCCUGGGGGCACUGCUCCUCCUUCUUCAGCCGCUGAUGAGAGCCCCUCCAACCAAUCUGGCUCUGGAAGCUCCCAAACUCGUGCUCAAACAACAGGGGCAGCAACAGUGACCACAUCAUCAGGCACAACUGGGACACGUGCAUCCCCAGGACCGUUCAGAGGCCUAGCCCCUCUUAGCUUUCCAUUGGGCACAGCUCUUGGGAGUGCAUUGGGCAGCUCAUUUGAUCCUUGCCUUCCGUGCAAUUCUUUCUGGACACACAGUCAGGGUGGCACAGCUUACCUGGUGGGCAGCGGAGGUACUCCCAGCCAAGGUGCACGGGCUGCACCACAGGGGUCUACGCAGGCACCACAACCUGGUAAUCAGCAUGAUGAUCAGCUACAUCAGAUGUUGAACGGUCUGAUGACUGCGCUCGUACACCAGCCUCAUGUUGUGCUUCAACGUCAGCACAUGCACACAGGACAAGGCAGCAGCAGCGAUGGUAAUGGGAGUCGUCCGAGAGCAACUCUAGCAGGAAUGAUACCAGGCCGGAGCCGCCACAUGUCCAUGCGCCAGACUCCCCUAGUCUACAGGACCACUGGGCCUGCAACUGCAACUACUGCUAGUGCACCCGAAACAGCCACUGCAGAGCUGUCAGCCAUAACAGAAGAUCGCCGACUGAGCCCGGACGCCGGUUAUCCUUUGCUUCUACCGGUCGGCUUCAUGGGAUUCCGUGGCCGCCUGGAAAUCGCCUUGCGUAGGCGGUCACUUGUGGAAUUGGGGCAGCUCCAGCAGUUAGGCUCUGGUGGUUCCCUCUGGCCUGUCCAGUCCUCGCGCUCGGCACAGCCAGGACCAAGCUCUGCAGCAGCUGCUCAGCAUCAGCAGCAAGCGGAGAUGCAGCCAGUAAGCGCAGAGGCUCGUGACGGGGAGCCCAGGAGUAAGCCUGCUGCAACAUCCACCUCUGCUGUUACGGCACGAGUUCCAAAGGCUGGCCAGAGCACAGAAAGUUCGGCUUCCAGUCUGCCUGGAAUAUUGGCUCCCACAUAUUCCCUGCAAAGUUCCCUUGCCAAUGUGAUUGAGGUUGUCCUAAACGAUUAUUCCUGGGAACAGAAUGUGUUAGAUGCAACAUCACUAUUGGAGGUUUUCAUCAGAGAGAAUGUACUCUCUCCGAACUUGCUUGGAGAAGAUUUUGCAACCAGUGUCUUGGCAAGCCUUUCUCGUGAGCUGACUGCUGAAGACUUGGUCUCUAUGCUGGACAGUGAUCGUCCUCGGCGGCUCAACCGACUACAGGACAUUCUGCAGCUGGCAGUGAUGCAGCACCUGGCCCCAUGCGCAGUGUCAGACCUAUCUCAGUUGGUAGCUCCAGCUAGGGAUGCCUUACUAGCUAGAUGGGCCGCCCCACUUAUACAAUACAUGCAGGAAAAAGGCAAUGUAAGGCCUAACGUGGAUGUGCAAGCUACCAUUAAUGGAUUUUUGAGUGAAAGGCUGCACGCAGUUCUUCUGCACAUUCUUGGGCCCAGCACAAGAAAUUUCGGGCAGAAAUUGUUCUCUCUUGUUCAAGUGGCACUCACUGACCUGGUGGCCUUGGCAUCAUCCUGCUUUGAGGACGGUGCAGAGUCCCUGAAUGCAGUCUUUCAUGCCAGGAUGGAUCCCAUCUUGUUGGGCCUGAGCCGGAAUCUAAGCUGCAAAACUCAAGUUUUCCUCUGUGGCUGGAUUGACACCUUCUGGCAAAGAGUCUCUGAAGGCUUGUCAUCUUCCGAGGGUGCCACUGCUGCUAUUGUUUCAAAAUAUCUCGUGCAGCAUGACAACACAGCAACAAGGGAUGCUGCUACUAAUACUGAUACUAUUUCCGACCUAAAUGAUACCGGUGCAUCAAGAACGGAUGCUGAUCACCAAAUUACAAAUCAGACUUCUGCUGAGCAAGGGGCUCAAAGUCUAAACAAUGGGGAAGCUGCAAGCAUAACUCCAGAGAAUCGGCCAUUAGCACCACCAUUGGAUGAGGAGCCGCUCCCCCCUGUCAUCUUGGGUUCAGAACCAUGGCAUGCAUCAGUACCAUCGGAAUGGGUGCCCAUCAUCACAAGGGAUAUUCAGAGGCAACGACGUCAGGCAGCACAGCCUCCAUUCAGUGAUGCCUACAUCUGUGGAAUGCCUUCAAAGCGGAGAAAGAUCACGAAUGGCAGCAGUGCAGCAGUUGAGAACGCUGUCUCCUUGACUGGGGCAUUGCAGCGUGCUGUGCAGCGUGCUGGCGUACGGCCCCCCCGCAGUGGCAUGGAAGCAUUUUUGUCAGAGGCUCGCCAAAACCCCUCUCUUCAGGCAACUCACAAGUUGCAGUUUCAACAAGCCGUACGGGAGCGACUCUCCUCCGACCCAGAUUUUCGGGCUGACCGCUUUCCUAAUGCCCACAAGUUCUACUGUAGCUCAGACCCAUAGUGUGUCUGGGAAAUGGGGGUGAAAUGAGGGAAGGAGGGAGCCACUGCCUUGAUAGCCUGCUUGACCCACAGAGUCGGCAAGCUACGUUAGCUUAAGGCAUCUGUAAUGGCACUUUGACUUGGGUGAGUUGGUACAUAAUUGGAUAGGCUUCCGCGCGAUAUAGACGAAGACCAUAGGGGACACACAGAACAGCGCUCGUCUGUGUGUCUCUUAUGGUCUUCGUCUAAAUUGCGCUGAAGCAUUUCCAAUCUGUGAGGGCCCUUUGUUCGUGUAAUUUGUGCUGUCACUGGUGAAAAUGCCGUUCUUCUAGGUCAUUGAAAUAAAUAGAGCCUGUGCCACUGCGGGCAUUGCAAGGCUGUCAUAGGAAAAUGGUUAAAGAGUGCUGUACAAAGGUGUUCACUUUACCCUUCUAUACACCUAGUUGUGGUACCAGUUGUCACCUGCCUUCCGUGGCAGCUAAUGCUGUAAGAAACAACUACGCUCUACAAUAGAUUUGAGUGAAAAGAGCCUUUAAGCUUUAUAUAGAAAAAAUGGAUGUUUAAAUUUGAAACGUGAGAAAACUGCCCCAGCCUUUGCCAUUAAAUAAAAGUUUUAGAAAGUACAAGUUUCUUAAAAGCCACACCAUUACUGGAUCAAAAAUGAUAAAAAGACAAUAGAACAAAAACAUUUAUCAGGCUAUCCCAAAUAAUUGCUGAUCUUCGUCACAACCAGUUACCGUUCAUUAUUGCUGUGUGAACUACAAACAAAUGUUACAGCCGAGGCUGAAGCAAGGUUAGGUAUUCCGGGAUUGCAAGAAGGAUAUGAUAGGGUUAUCAUGCUCUUCAUUUCAACAUUCACGUCUGUGCUGAAAUCAAAGUAGCACAAAAUAAAUGGUGCUUUCUCAGAA